UCUCAUUCUCGAUCGGAGAUCAUGGCCAUCAUAGCUCCAGCAGCACUGGUAGUGAUAGUAGUUGUGUCGCCGCUCGCCGCCGGUGGAGCAGCACCUCCGUCUCCGGCUAUCGGGAUGCCAGGCUGUGACACCACCUGCGGCAACAUCAGCGUGCCGUACCCGUUCGGCAUGGGGCCGGCCAGGUGCUACCACUCGCCGGGGUUCAACCUCACCUGCGACAACACCAUAACGCCGCCGCGGCUCCUGCUCGGCGGAGGCGGCAUUCUCCAAGUCGAAGGCUUCAUCCUUGAGAUGUCCAUGGUGCUCGUCAGGCGCACCCCCGGCGACAUAAGAGUGGACGCCGACGACGGCAGCGGCUCCUUGUUCGCCGCAGGCCUCGGCAACGCCGACGAAGGUGCCUACAUCAUGCUCCCGGACGUCUGGAACGAGCUCGUCCUGCUGGGAUGCAACGUCCGGGCGACUCUGCUGGUCAGCAGCGGCGGCGACAGCGGCAACGGUACCGUCGUCAGCGCCUGCUCCUCCUUGUGCGGGGAAAAAGGCCACGGGCCCUUGAGGGACGUGCCGUCCAGCCUCGAGAGCAGCAUGCUGUGCACCGGCGAAGGCUGCUGCCAGGCGCCUAUCGUCGCCGUCAAGGCAGCGGCGGUAUCAGGGUCCUCCUACUCCGUGCAGAUCGAGUGGUUCGGCCGGAACAACCGCAGCGCCGACGAGGAGCGGAUGCCCACGCGGGUGUUCGUCGCCAACAAGGGGUGGUUCGAGAACAAGAAGGUCUCCAGGCAGCUCUUGUAUCCCAAACGGUCGCCGGCGAAGGAUGUCGCCACGGGAGUACCAAUUUGGCUGAGCUGGGAGUUCGGCCAGGAUCCUUCUCGUAAUCAUCGUCAUAGCAAUAUCUCUUCUUCUUCCACCGUCAGGUGUGAUGAUGAUCUUACACAAGUCGGCUAUACGUGCUACUGCAAACAGGGCUACCAAGGCAAUCCCUACAUCCCCGACGGAUGCCAAGAUAUCAAUGAGUGUGAGCUGCCAGAAGACUACUGCCCUGGUGGCGUAUGCACAAAUACGAUUGGAAGUUUUGACUGCGGGUGUCCGCCUGGAACCCAUGGCAACAAUUCCACACCCGGUGGCUGCGUCCCUUUCAUCUCUGAAGCUGAUAGGUGCAGCCCGUCCUGCGGGGAAGUACAUGUGCACUACCCAUUCGGCGUCGGUCCAUCCCACUGCUACCGGCCAGGCUUCAACCUCACCUGCGACUAUCCCGGCAGCGGCAAGCCACCACGAUUGCUGCUCGAUAGCUACGGUGCCUUCCAAAUUCAAGAAAUCUCGAUCCAGAAUUCUACACUGCGUGUUACUAGCUCCGUCGCCACUAUCGAAGCUGAAACGAUAAAUCCUUACUCCUUCCAUUUCAAUAAUUACUUCAGUGAAGGAGGCGACGCACUCUUCUCUCUAUCCACCCGCAACGAGCUCGUCCUCUCAGGGUGCAAUGUCCAAGCAACAUUGUUGGGGCCUGGUGACGACCCGACCAUCGUUAGCGGUUGUGCCACAUUCUGUUCCGACUCUGAUAUGAACGCAGGGAGGGUGCCCAUUGCAAGCCAUGCCAGUGACAAAAAGAGUUGUUACGGCAUGGGUUGUUGCCGGGCGCCUAUAUCUACGUCAAUUGAUGGCAUGCCUGACAUGCUGAGCUUCAAAUUUGCUGACCCUAAUAGCGUCCAGAACAACUCACAACCCCCAUAUGCAUUGAUCGCCGAGGAGGGGUGGUUUGACAAUCGGCUCAUCUCCGACCAGCAGAUCCAUGCGCAUAAAAGCAAGUUGAGGUUUAAGCCUAAUGUUCCUAUCAUUCUUCAGUGGGAGGUGUUGCACCCAUCUGGCUUACCCAACGCCAACAUGAAGUCACUUCAAAAAUGUCCCACGGAGGUAGCCGCCAACAUUUGCAAGAGCACGAACAGCCACUGCAAACCAGGGAACAGAGGUUAUUCUUGCCGGUGUCGCGAGGGUUACCACGGCAAUCCCUAUGCCCCCAAGGGAUGCAAAGGUGGCCCCGUGACACUGAAAGGUAUAAGUGUCAUUAUAGGAGUUUCUUGCGGGAUGGGUCUCGUGAUUUUGGUUCUCGCAUCACUAUUUGUUUCCAAGAAAUUGAAACAUCGGAGAACCCAUAUGUUAAAACGAAAGUUCUUUGAGCAAAAUCAUGGACAACUGUUGGAACAGUUGGUAUCUCAAAGAGCUGGUAUUGCAGAACAAAUGAUCAUAACCUUGGAAGAGCUAAACAAGGCAACACACAAUUUUGAUAAAGAUCUUGUGGUUGGCGGUGGAGGGCAUGGUACUGUUUAUAAAGGGAUUUUAUCGAACCAACAUAUUGUGGCCAUCAAGAAACCAAAGAAGGUGAUUCCAAAGGAGAUUGAUGAGUUUAUAAAUGAGGUUGCCAUCCUAUCACAAAUCAACCACAAAAAUGUCGUAAAACUCUAUGGUUGCUGCCUUGAAACCGAAGUCCCCAUGUUGGUGUAUGAGUUCAUAUCCAAUGGGACUCUUUAUGAUCAUCUUCAUGUUGAAGGGCCAAUAUCAUUGUCGUGGAAUAAUAGGCUGCGGAUAGCCACAGAAACGGCCAAGUCGCUCGCCUAUCUUCACUCAACUGCGGCAAUACCUAUCAUCCACAGAGAUGUCAAGUCUGCUAACAUACUUCUGGAUGAUACUCUCGUAGCAAAGGUAGCCGACUUUGGAGCUUCAAGGUACAUUCCGAUGGAGAAAUCCGGGUUAACAACAAGAGCUCAAGGUACAAGAGGAUACUGGGAUCCUAUGUACUUUUACACUGGACGGCUCACGGAGAAAAGUGAUGUUUACAGUUUUGGGGUUGUCCUUGUGGAGCUGCUAACCAGGAAGAAACCAUUUUCGUAUCUGUCCUCAGAUGACGAGAGUCUUAUAGUACAUUUUGUUACCUUGUUUUUAGAAGGAAAUUUGCUCCAGAUAUUAGAUCCACAAGUUAUCCAGGAAGGUGGCAAAGAAGUCCAAGAAGUCGCCGCUAUUGCAACAUCAUGUGUGAAAUUAAGUGGAGAGGGUCGCCCAACCAUGAGGCAAGUGGAGUUGACGCUAGAAGGCCUCCGUGCAUCCGAGGAGCAUGUUUUAGAUAAGGUAGUGGCUAAAAAGGUUUACAAUAACAAUAUCAAGGUAGGCGUUCAAUCUAAUACAUUAGUUAGAAAAGGUAAUGAGGGGUCGACCAGACGGUAUAGUAUGGAAGAAGAGUUCAUACUAUCUGCAAGUUAUCCUUGGUAGUCUGCUUUACAAGGGACAUAAUUAUUCCAACUUAGUGAAAUUGUGUUCAAGGAAAAGAUUUCUUAUGUUGACUCAACAGCUUUGUUUUGAUGUAUAUCCAGUUAUCCAAUAGUACCUUUGUGAA